AGCAAAACGCCAAAACAAUGUAUAAGAAACUUAUCCAUUUCCUCGGCGACGCUCUAACGGAGACGACGAAGAAGAAUGAACGGCGGAGGAGAGAAGAGACCACGGAGAAAGCCUCUCUCGAGCUUCCUCCAGAGAUCAUCAGAGAGAUCCUCAUCCGAUUACCAGCCAAAUCAAUCGGGAGAUUCAGGUGCGUCUCAAAGCUCUUCCGCUCCCUCUCAUCGGAUCCAAAGUUCGCAAAGAUCCACAUAGAUCUAACCCUCCGAAACGACGCCGUUCACCGUAAACUCAUCGUCUCGUCACAUAACCUCUACGCCUUAGACUUGGAUUCAAUCGGUAAAAGGAUUAGAGAUUUGUUAGCUCAGGAGCUUAACUACCCGCUUAAAGAAGAUCCGAUUAAAUUCGACGAGAUGAUUAAGUGCCACGUGGGAGAGAAUAUGCUUAAACCGUAUAGAAGAAACUGGGUUGAGAUCAUCGGAUCUUCGCACGGUUUAGUGUGUAUAUCUCCGUGCGAAGGAGCUCUGUUCUUGUAUAAUCCAACCACCGGAGAAUCAAAGAGAUUAAUCACCCCCGGAGGAGAAGAGUUUCAAACUCUUGGAUUUGGAUUCGAUGAUCUAACCGACGAUUACAAAGUAGUGAAGCUCGUUGCUGAUGGUGACAAUGUACUUAAAUCCAGCGUCUAUUCGUUGAAGUCAGACUCUUGGAGAUGGAUCCGUGAUUUAAGCUAUGAGCACAAGGAUUGCUUCAGCUCCGGUGUGACUCUCCGCGGCGUGGUCCACUGGGUGUUCUCUAACGAGAACCAGAGAGCGGUGUUAGCGUUUGAUUUUAAAACGGAGGAGUUUCGAGAGAUGUUGUUGCCUGGUGAGGCUGAGGAUUGUGGUCAUAGUUAUAGAAACUUUGUUGUUGGGGUUAUCAACGGGUGUCUUUGUUUAGUCAAUAGUUGCUACGAGGUGCAUGAUGAUGUUUGGGUGAUGAAUGAGUAUGGUGUAGAGAGUUCGUGGAGUAGAAUCAGGAUCAGUUUGCUGUACAGGUCGAUGAAGCCGCUGUGUUCGAGUGAGAACGGUGAGGAGGUUCUUUUGGAGCUUGAUGGAGACAUGGUGUUGUACAAUUUCGAGAGUCAUGCAUCGAGGUAUUUGGGGAUUCGUGGUGUAAAGCUCAGUGAUGGGUUCGAGGCUGAUGCUUACGUAGAGAGUCUCAUAUCGCCAAACUCGUAUGGUUUUGUGAACUGAAGAAACACUUUGGUGUUUUACAAGUUGAAGAAAGUUGUAUAUUCUCUAUGUUAUAUCUAUGAA